AUGCUUCAUUCUACUUCUAUUCACCAUAGCCACAGGUUCCUUUUCCCUUUCCGCCCCAAACCUUCACUCUUAGAUAACCCACACUCACAACAACAACAACCUCUCUCUUUUUCAAAAUCACUAUCUCUUCUAUCUUCUUCUCCUCCGUCGUCAUCAUCAUCAUGUUGCCGCGUCGCACGUAUUUCCACAGAACCGUUAGAGCUAUCUCCGCCAUCACCUGGCUUCAAUUUCCGCCGCGAAAUCGCCAGACUCACCUCCCUCCGUGAAAAACUAUCCCGAUGCAAUAAUUUGGACGACAAGCUCAGAGUCCUAGAUGCGGACUAUAGAGUGAGACGUUUCUUCCGCUCUUCCUCCCGAAAUGCUGGAUUAGCUAGGGUUUUAUCGGCGUUACGGUUGGACUCCACCAGCUUGUUUUUGAUUAAGUGCCUGGUUGCUGCGGGUCAAGAACAUGUGUUGUGUUUUAGCGAAACUGUACCGGAGUUGGAGUCCCCGGGUAUGGCUUCUGGUUCGGUCAAGAGUGCGUUUUAUGCUCUGGCGAAGAUGAUUGAGAAUAUGGAUCCUAGUAAUUCUGGUGUUAGCUUUGGGAAGAUGGAUACGGGAAUGACUUUGGAGGAUCAUGAAAUUAUGGAUUUGAACAAGUUGGUAGAGACUUUGGCACAAAUUGAGAGCUUCUAUGACUGCAUUGGAGGAGUUAUUGGUUAUCAGAUUACGGUUCUGGAACUUAUUGCCCAAUCAUUGGUUGACCGGAAGAAUACAAACUGGUCUCAGCACAUGGGUGAUGUGAAAGAAAGCCAAAUUUUGGGAAUUGAUGCACCAACUGGCCUUGACCUUUCUGAAAAUAUAGAGUAUGCAUCUCAAGCAGCUCUUUGGGGUAUAGAGGGUUUGCCAGACCUAGGUGAAAUUUAUCCCUUGGGAGGCUCUGCUGACAGACUUGAUUUAGUUGAUCCUAACACUGGUGAAUGUCUGCCUGCUGCAAUGCUUCCAUUUUGUGGGAGGACUUUGUUGGAAGGUCUUAUAAGAGAUCUUCAGGCUAGAGAAUUCUUGUACUUCAAGUUAUAUGGCAAACAAUGUAUCACUCCUGUUGCAAUAAUGACAAGUUCAGCAAAGAACAACCACAAACACAUUACAUCCCUGUGCGAAAGACUCUCAUGGUUUGGAAGAGGUCAAUCAACUUUCCAACUUUUUGAGCAGCCUCUUGUUCCGGUUGUUGGUGCCGAAGAUGGGCAGUGGUUGGUCACUAAACCAUUCAGUCCCUUGAGCAAGCCUGGUGGUCAUGGUGUCAUAUGGAAACUUGCUCAUGACAAAGGAAUCUUCAAAUGGUUUUUUCGUCAAGGAAGAAGAGGUGCAACUGUGCGCCAAGUCAGUAAUGUUGUGGCAGCUACAGAUGUAACCCUCCUGGCCUUAGCAGGGAUCGGUUUGCGUCAAGGAAAGAAACUGGGGUUCGCAUCUUGUGAGCGUGUCUCAGGUGCAACAGAAGGAAUUAAUGUGCUGAUGGAAAAGAGAAGUCCAGAUGGAAACUGGGAAUAUGGUGUUUCUUGCAUUGAAUACACUGAAUUUGACAAGUUUGGGAUUACUGACGGAUCCCUUGUUCCAAAAUGUUUGCAGGCUGAGUUUCCAGCCAAUACAAACAUCUUAUAUGUUGAUUUACCAUCUGCGGAGCUAGUUGGAUCAAGUAGGAAUGUGAAUAGUAUACCAGGAAUGGUGUUAAAUACAAGAAAGACAAUAGUUUACGUAGAUCAGUUUGGAAGACACUGUAGUGUCUCUGGUGGCAGACUGGAAUGUACAAUGCAAAAUAUAGCAGACAAUUAUUUUAAUUCGUAUUCAUCUAGGUGCUAUAAUAGUGUGGAAGAUAAGCUAGAUACAUUUAUUGUAUAUAAUGAAAGAAAAAGGGUUACCUCAUCUGCUAAGAAAAAAAGAAGACAUGGACACAAGUCUUUACGCCAGACACCGGAUGGCGCUCUAUUGGAUAUGUUAAGAAACGCUCAUGAUCUUCUCUCACCAUGUGAUAUAAAACUUCCUGAGAUUGAAGCUGAUGAGAACUACAUUGAUUCGGGACCACCAUUUCUUAUCCUUCUUCACCCUGCUCUUGGUCCUCUUUGGGAAGUCACCAGACAAAAGUUUUACGGUGGUUCCGUAUCAGUGGGCUCUGAACUGCAAAUAGAAGUUGCAGAGUUCUUUUGGAGUAAUGUUCAGCUCAAUGGAAGCCUGGUCAUAAUCGCUGAAAAUAUUACGGGCUCAAUGAAGAUUGAUGAGAACAGUGAAUCCAUACUACAUCAUGGGCAAAGGUGUGGAAGAUGUAAACUACAGAAUGUUAAGGUGUUGAACGAUGGAGUUGAUUGGAGUUAUGAUGGAAACGUGUAUUGGAAACAUGAUGUAAAACGGUCUGAGAUGCUGAAGAUUGUACUGCAUGGAAAUGCUGAAUUUGAAGCUACUGAUGUUGUAUUACAGGGAAAUCAUGUGUUUGAAGUUCCAGAUGGCUACAAACUUAAGAUCAUGCCCGGAAGCCCAGGUUUAGCAAUCCAGUUGAAUCCGAUUGAACAAGACAUGAUGGACAGUGGAAGCUGGCACUGGGAUUACAAGAUAGAAGGUUCUCACAUUAAACUAGAAUUAGUAGAAUAA